AUGGAUGAUAUUAUCUUCGGGGCCAUCAAUGAAGCAAUGUGCAAGGAAUUUGCGGAGAUGAUUGGAAAUGAGUUCGAAAUGAGCUUGAUGGGUGAAUUGAACUUCUUUUUGGGGCUGCAAAUCAAGCAAACACCUACUAGAACCAUGAUACAUCAACAAAAAUAUAUCAAAGAGUUACUAAGGAAGUUCAACAUGGACUCCUCUAAGUCUAUUGAUACCCCCAUUGCCAUUGCAACAAAGCUGGACCUUGAUGAAGAAGGGAAAAAUGUGGAACAUAAGCUAUAUAAAGGAAUGAUUGGGUCACUGUUGUGCCUCACAGCAAGCAGGUCUAAUAUAGUGUUUAGUGUGGGAUUAUGUGUAAGAUUUCAGGCAAAUCCCAAGGAAUCUCACCUGAAGGCUGUCAAAAGAAUACUAAGAUAUCUCAAAGGGACCCCUGACCUCUGUCUAUGGUAUCCCAGAUGGUACAACUUUGAACUAGUUGGCUAUGCUGAUGCUGACUAUGCAGGUUUUCAUGUUGACAGGAAAAACACUUCAGGAAUAGCUCAUUUUCUAGGUUCUGGUCUGGUGUCUUGGGGAACCAAGAAGCAAAACUCAGUGGUCCUUAUCUACAGCCGAGGCUAA